GAUACAACAGCUGACACUUUUCCAAAUUCUUUUUUUAUAAUUAGUUAAUUGCCCACAUCGGCAAAUUUUGUAGAAAUAUUCACAUUAAAAAGAUAAAAAAUGAAUGAAGCGGAUAGUUUUGCUGAAAUAUUUAGAGGCGGCUUACCCCACUGUCUUCUGAUUGUUUUUUCUAUGUUGUUAAUUUGCUCACCGGUAAUGCCCAGCGAAUUCGAGGUUAUUUCUAUGUCAAAAUACGAUCUAAAUGGUCAACAUUUUGGAAGCCGUGUAUCUUCAAUAUCUCUGGAAGCAAGAUCUUUGUAUUCCUGGAAUACUUCAAGGCACUGUGUUCUCACACGGUUGACCGACCUGUCUAUCCAUGAUUUGGACAAAUUAAGACAAGGCGCAGGUGGACUAAUUCUAAUGAUGCCCUCAAAUAUCUUAGGCUUGGACCUCGAAGCCAAAGAACUUAUAACGAUUUUGGAGCAAUCAAUGCUAACACAUACGGCUGCGGUGCCCAUUUACUUCGCUCCCUACAAUAAGGAUUUGGAAAAAAUAAUCGAUGAUAUUACCUACACGACCACAGAUAACUCUGGUCAAAAUCAAACGGCUCUGGGACAAUUGAUAGUGACUGUCUCGGCAAACAGAUACCACGUAAAUGUCGGUGGCGGAAGUAUUGUGGCCAACAAGAACAGCAAAGUUCCCAUUAUCCAAGGCGAGUUAAUACCAAACCAAUUGGCCCUUAAACCGACGGAAGCAGUCGGCGAUGGACAAAAACUUCCCGUCAUCUUAAUAACCGCGAAUCUAAAAACCUUUGGAAUCUAUAAUGAUUACCCGGAGAACGCCGAUGCUGCUGUUUUACUGAUGCUCAUUGAGCUGUUUAGCAAGUUGCACUACACAUCCAGCAUGGCACCCAAGUACCGCCUCCGAUUUUUACUUUCGGACGCUGGCGUCCUUCUUAACUUCCAAGGUGCAAAGAAGUGGCUCGAAAUAGACGAUAAUGCGCUACAGAAUGUUGAGUUUGUGCUCUGUUUGGAUACCAUCACAGAGAGUUUAUCUUACACUACGGAUAAUGCUUUGUAUAUGCAUGUUUCCAAGCCACCGAAAGAAAAAACAUCCAUUAGCAACUUCUUCAAACUGUUGAAAUCGGCUGCUGAAAAAUACUCAAACGGAUUAAUAGUUGAAGGAGUGCAUAAAAAGAUAAACUUAGCAGAUACCAAACUUGCAUGGGAGCAUGAGCGAUUCAGCAUAAAACGCUAUCCUUCGUUUACUUUAUCUUCUGUAAAAAGUCCGAGGAGUCCCAUACGAACAACUAUUUUCAAAAACGAUGAAAGUGGUAUUGUGGAACAUACUCUCAACACCUCGCGAAUUAUUGCUGAAGCACUGGCUAGUUUCGUGUACAAGGUGGACCCGUCUUCCAGCAUUUUUGAUGGACAAUUAGCCAUUAAAGAAGAAAACAUAUUGCCAUACUUUGGAGUUAAAUCCAUAUUGCAUAAUAACGACGUUAAGGAUGCCUUCGAAAAGUACCUUAACAAUGUUAAGAUCAUAUACGACAAGCCAGACGGCAGAGACCCAGAGUUUAUGUUCUAUAACGAGAACGAUGUAAAACUUAAUGUAUACCGAGUCAAGCCCGCGAUCUUUGAUCUCUUCCUAACAUUUGUCAUUGGUGUUUAUCUAUUGACUGUGUUUCUCGCCAUACAAUACUUCCCACGAUUUUACGAUGAAGUUUCAAAGCUAACAAAAGAAGACCCCGUGGGACAACUCAAUGGACACUCUUCUGAACGAGUUAAAUUAAAAUCACAUUAGAAAAAAAUGGUAUUGAGUAAUGUAAUAUUGCAAGUAGGAAAAUUCAUGUCCAAAUCAUUUUUCAAAACUUUACUAAUGGUAAUUGAACAAUUGUUACUUUAAAGAUAAUAAACUCUGUCAACUGUAGAACUAUUUCCACGGUUGAUGUGGUGACUAUA